AUGGAUCUCCACUUUCGGGUGUUGGGGCUCCCGCGUGGCUGCGACGAGGCGGCAUUGAAGAAGGCGUACCAUCAAAAGGCCCUGGCGCUGCACCCGGACCGUAACCCAGGCGGUACCGAGCAGUUUAAAAGGGUCAAUGAGGCGUAUGAGGCCCUCUGUGUACACUUUCGCCGUAAUGGCGGACGUGACUCGGCGAAUGUAAGUACGGCAACAGGCGUCGGUGCCGGCAGACCUGGCGCAUGUCCCACAGCGGCCUUUUUUACCUUUAAGACGCAUUACACCAAUGCAGGAUCCGGCUUUAAGUACGCGAGGCAUCAACACACCACGGAGGAAACAACCCCAUUCUUUACAGAGGAAGAACUUUUUGGUUCCCCGCCAGGAGGUUUUACAUUUGACAAGCGUUAUUCAAGGGCAAAGUGCUUUACUCAGACCGGUAACAGAAAAGCAAACAAUAACAAUAGUAGUGAUGAUUACAACAAUAACAGCAAUAAUAACAAGAACGAAUUUAACGCCGGAAAUUAUGGAGGAGGUACUCGAUUUGGAACCUCCCAAAUGUAUGAGAGAGCAGAUGAACGCUGGCGCCGUGCUCACGGUGAUCGCGUGCCGGUUAGUGGUUAUUCCACGCAGAACGGUGCUGCCCCGCCACCAACAUUUCCCUCGGAAUACCAACAAAACCGACAACAACCCCAACAGGCGCCGAGAACGAGGCCCGUACCACACUCUUCUUCAUUUACUGCGGAAGUGAAUGGUGGCAUGGAUGGCCGUCAACAGGGUGAAGGUGUUCGAAGUAAGGCGCGUGAGAGCAAUGGAGACACGAGGAGACAAACACAACGAGACGGCCGCGAAGGAAGCAGGACGUACAGUCAUUUCACCAAUGAUAUCGAAGAGGAUUAUGCGGACAUUUUUGAUCAUGACAGUGACGACAGCAAUGCUGAAGGGGACGCUUCUGCCUUUGCGUCAACUACCACGCCUGUAAACGACAUUCUGAACGAAUUUGAGGCGAAGCAAACUCUUCAUGAAAUGCGUCGUGAGUGGGAGCGGCUAAAGAAAGAGAUGGACCGAAAAAUGCCUGGAGUUUCAGCGACAGGCAGGAAUCCAUGGGAUAGAAAAGGCGGGAGGGAUGCCAAUAGGGAGGAAGAUUACGUUGUGCACGAAAGAACACCCCCAAUGCGCGAGGAUGCGGCAUUUCAGCAGCAUAUUCGCGAGCAACAACGUCUUAAUGAGUCUCAUAUGCGAAGCAUUAUAGGGGAAAAGUUACAGCUGAAGAAGGUUCUUUUUACGCAGCGUUAUGCACCGGAACCGGCAGAUGUCGCUUUAAUGAGUGAUAGUGAUGUGUUUGUCUUGUGUGAGCUCCUGUCUGAGGUAGGGCAGCGCAUGAAAAAGGUAUUGAAUGGCCGGAUGUUGAAGGGACUCUGCAGUCGCUGUUCGGCGGCCCCCAAACUGCAGUGUAAUACUAUUUUUACCUGCGGCCAUACGUCCGUCUGUGCGGAGUGUGCAUUGACGUGCGGUGUCUGCCCCGUCUGUGCCGCCGUGCGCUGCUCUUGA